CCUGGCUGUCUGUCCUGUCUGUCCUGGCUGGCUGGCUGGCUGGGCCGGCCCAGAUCGCACCCAGCAUCCGACGUAUCCAACGUAUCCAACGUAUCCAACGCAUCCAACGCAGGACAGGCGUCCGUUGCAUCGCGAGCCGACCACCCCGCUGCUGCAUCCUCCGAAAUGAGCUCCAACAAGCGCAAGUCCGUGUCGGAAACCCCAGCCGACAGCCGCGAUGUGAGGCUGAGGGCCGACCAACCGGAGCACCCUGACGAAGGGCCGUUUCUCGUUUCUUUCUCAAGCAAACCCAAGGAUGCCUCAACCUUGAGCUUCACGGAGUACCACACCGCAGAGAAGGUCGCUUCGAAACGAAAGCGGAUCCUCGCGGCCGAGAAUGACAAAAUCACUUACGUCGGAAACAACACCGAUGCUCGGGGCCAUGCUCGAUAUGUCGUUGGAGUCUAUAACAAGCGCGAUGGAACGGUGAAGCUCCGGGAAGCCCCCACAUUCCGCAUCGCUACCCUGGUCAAAUCUCAAACCAUGGGCCGAUCAGAGCUGAUCGGAGACAAGAACAUGGCGGCCCGAAACGUGCUGGGCGAGAGCUUCGGCACCAAGAAGAAACAGAAGGAGAUCCGUGCGUACGAGCGGAACCAGGUCGACAUCAACACGCUCAAGGACAUUGCCGGCAUCAUCAGCGACCAGCUCCACGACAAGGCCAGCGCCAUUCCGACCCAAGAGCAAAUUCAACUGUCGGCUCUCCAAGACCGACCCAUCCCGAAAUACAACCCGGAGGCAAAGACGCCCGAAGAUGUGUACCACGUCGAUGACAUUGUGUCGCCACUGGAGCUGCGCCAGAUGAACUACAAGUCCCUACUCUCUGUGCAGCUCAAGUCCGAGCUUGAAAAGGCGUUGUCGGGACUCAGGACUACCCAGUGGGUGGUGGAGCACUUGCAGCAGGCACUACAAUCCAAGGCCGAUAACGAUCAGCUGCGAAAGAUUCUCUAUGUGUCGCACAUGAUGCGGUUCUACGGCUUGAAGGAGAACGUCUUGAACAACCCCAACCAACUUUACAAGAUCCUUGGAAACCCCUCCGAAGUUGUUGUCGAAGGACUGCUGAAUCGCUUCACCGAGCUCCAGGACGACGAGCAAUACCGCAUGACGGCCCGCCUCAAGGACAAGCUUCUGGCACACAUUCUGGUUCUGUGUCUCAUUAUCGACAACUACACGAUCGAGCCCUCAAGCAUUGCCCGCGACCUCAGCUUGACAGCCACCAAGGUGACCAGCAUGUGCAAGGAGCUGGGUUGCCGUGUCGCCAACCAGCGCGGAGACGAAAUCGGCGCCGUGGCCGCUAAGACGGCCAUGCUUGUCGUGCCGCUGACGUUCCCACAAAGGUCGCUUCACCGAAACUAGUGAGCUGCACGCACUACAGGCGGAGUAUCGAUCGUGCAGCACUGGGCAUCACUGGGCAUCACUGGGCAUCACUGGAGAAGCAAAUGCUGGGAGCAAAUGCUGGGAGCAGCAGUCCAUGUGGGCCCUGUGAGCAAAGUGCACAGUGCAUCUGACAUUGCCACGUUCGUCAAGCGAUAUGGGACGACCUCCGUUUUGAGAUCACUGGUCACCUUUUUCUGGGGUCUGAAUACACCACAGCCAACCAAAUAAAAUGGGACACCCCGGACUUUGAGCAUUGGUGAAUGUUCUCACUCAAAA